AUGAGCACUAUGAUCGGCGACAAUGCCCGCCGGAGCAACACCCAAGCCCUCCAAAACUUCCGUCAGCACAUUGAAUCCAUGAACGCCUUCCUAUCCACCAUUCUCCACUCCAUCGAACGCCUGAACCAGAUCCUUCGCGAGCACCCCAGCGCCCUGCCCCAACUUCGCAUAGCUGUCUUCAAACUCAAGGACGGCGCCGUUGCUGCCAUCACCGGGGGUCUCCCCUGGUCUUCUCCGCGCUGGCGAGAACUCCGAAUCACGGCCAUGCAACUCGCCAGCUCCCCGAUGUGGACGCGAGAUUACUUACCCGUGCAUGCCAUCCGGUCUGCUCGCAACUCGACAGUCAGACAGCAAGGCCUCGCCGACCAGGAGGGUUUUAUCACAAGCGGGAUCGCGUGCAUGGACCUCAGGACCGAUUUCUUGUACCGCAUGCGGAGUACCUUCGAGAUCUUGCGGGUCCGUUUCUCGCAAUAUCCCGAGACUAUGGAGGAAGGAGAUUCGCACCUCAAGGAGAUGGAGGACGAUGUGGUUGAUGCCUUUACGUUGGGCGCUUGUGAGAGAUUGAGCCAGAACGGUCGGUAUGCGCUCGAUACAUCCACGGGUCUGGUCUGGCGAGACAUGGACGCGAGUUCUCCGGAGAGCGAUGCGCCAUUGGAGGUUGAAGAUCUGAACGCUGAUGGGGCAGAAAUUUUGAAGAAAUAA